AUGUCUGAACCCAUCCCAGAGUCAAUACCCACAUCCGCCGACUCGCGCUCUCAGCGCCCAACGAAGAAGCGCGCCCUCACUCCCCGCUCAGCGCAAGCCUCACAGGUUGAGGCCCUCUUCGCAAAACCCGACCGCGACAUUCACAUCCCAGGCUCCAGCGCACUAGCCAAAUCCUCUCUACCCCCAGAAAUUGUUGCCAAUGUACAAGGAUCCAGUGCAGGUGCGGGAAGUGGCGAAUUUCACGUCUACAAGGCGAGUCGGAGGCGCGAGUAUGAGAGGCUGAGGAUGAUGGACGAAGAGGUGAAAAAGGAGGAGGACGAGAAAGAGUUUGCGAAGCGGAAAGAAGAGUUGGAGAAGAAAGACAAAGAGAAGACAGAGAAGAACCGACUGAAGAGAGAGAAGGCGCGACAGAGGAAAGAGAAAGCUAAGAAGGGUGGAAAGGGCGUCACGGGCAGCGACAGGGAUGGGACACCAGUCGCGGAAGAUGGCAAGACGAAGAAGAAGUUGGCGCCGAAUGCGAACGCGCCCAAGGCUAGUACUGACGAGGACGCGGACACAAACAACGAAGGUGGAGAGGUCAAGAAUGCGGAAGAAAUUGGGUUAGUCAUAGAAGACGACGAUUGA